UGUGAGCGGCUAAAGGAACAUAGGACAUCCGCCGGAGUACUGGAUCUGGAUGCUCAGAUCACAUCAAAUCUUAAAUCAAGCGUUAAUAAAUCGCUUGUAGAUUUAAUUGUCGGCUGCUUAGAGGUACAGUCAAAUGAUUCUCGAUCAUCGUCAGCAGUAGUGAGAAACCGGAAGACUUCAUGUUAUGGCUACUAUGCCAUGUUGCCACUACUCUCCCUGACAAGAUACCCGUCGCUCUGCAAAAGAUAAUUGUUUUCGAGUUUCGAAAGUUGGGAAACCCGUAUACUGAAGCGAAUAAAGACGAAGUAAAAACACCAGAGCAAUUACGUCUAGCUACUACUUUGAAGGCAUACCUCGAAUAUACUAUGGAAAAACCUCGAAAUGUCGCAAAGGAGUCUGUCAUCUGGUUGCUGCAAGACUACAGCAAUAUCGUGAAGAAAUCAACACACUCUCCAGAUACUACAAUGAAUGAUCAUGAAGAAGCCGCACAAAUGAGUUAUGCAGAUGAAAACGACAUUGCUCGAUACUAUAUUUCAUACCUCAUGAGCUUAAUUCAUAUCUCUCCCAAAUUUGCCAAUGCCGUCUGGCGUGAUGUAUUUUGCAUGCUCUAUGAGAAUAACUGGAUGGGAAAAAUAUUGUUGUUUGAGCGAAAACAACGAUAUUCUUACUACAAGAGGAACUCAAACGAGCCACCUUUUAUCUUGGCAGACGUUUUCCCCAAGUGGCUGUCACAGGUUGCGUUCAGUCCAAGCGGAUUGGUUAUGAAGCAUGCGCUGGAUGUAGCCGUGAUGUUGGACACAAUAGCCCAUGACGAAGAUUUGGGCAUGAAGGAACUAAUACCGACAAAAGAGAACUCUAUUAUCACGGGAAUGAAAGCGUCGUUCACAGUUCCCGAUUUAAAACCAGCUUCCGUGGACUUGGUGGAAUGGACGGUUGGACUACUGAAACAAAACCUGGGACGAGUCAAUGAGGAGGCCAUGCAGAUUCCAAUAUUUCUACUUCAAUUGCGUGGACUACAAAGUAAAGCAAGUGCUGUGGAACUUCUCUCGCAUCUUCUCCUAAGACUGGAUAAAUCGUCUGACGCCGAUUCCAACGAAUGUACACGCUAUCUUAUCUUUCAUCUCAUAAACAAAUUGGAUGAACGAUGGUCAGGGGUGUUCCGUGACGUUCUGGAUAAAAUUUUUUCUAAACUCAAAGCAUCGAUAUCUAAAUUAACGGACGAACAGAACUCCGACGCGCGAGUGAUUGAGAGAGUCUUGGGAAGUUGCUCAGUCAUAGCCGAGCCAUGCACAGAUGAUGCCGGGGUUGCUGCGCAAGCAACCCUUCACUCCUUUCAAAGUUAUCUGGCCGACGAAUGGAAAACCGUCAUGUCAUUGUUUAUUAAUCAUCCUGCUCUGACGUGUCGCAUUUCUGGGUUUGAGGUCCUUCUGUACAGUCAAUUUUGGACUCGUGUAUCGGACAAGGAUGCAGAGCACGAUAUCGCCGAUAAGCUGACGCAAGCGUGGUUCCGAUACCUCACUGAACGGUUUUCAGCAUUGCACAUACGCGGCGAAAAGGAUGCUGCGCUAAGGAAGGUUAUUUCCAAUUUGGUGCGUUACAUGAGCCAUGAACCCAGGAUAGCCCGACAACUUCUGGAGACGUUUUGUGAUCGAAUCUAUGAAGGCGCCUUGGAAUCGUUUUCCCAAUCAAAGUACAUGACGCUUACUCAGUCUGAUAACUGGUUGCUGCUCGAUGUCUAUCGGAAGCAAAUGUCGGUCCAUGUUGCGUCAGCUGACGAACCGUUGGGGCAGGUUAGCCGUCGACCCACGGGUAGUAGGUUUAAACCAAGACAACCUCGUUACCUUGCCCAUUUAGCCGACACAGAAAUAGAGAGGUCUUAUCAAGAUGACAUAUAUGCCAACAAUAUCAUGGACACGGCCCAUCUCCUACAGCAAAUUACGCAGCAGCACGCAGAUUUCGGUAGCCAGAUCGUCAUUAGGCUCUCCACCAAGUGGCCAGCCGUGGUUACACCAAUGGACAAAUACGAUCAAAUGCUCCCUUUGUCACUCCCCAACGAACGGGACGGACUCAUUGGUAAUACAUUUCGAGAUCAUCCGGGGUUAUUCGAUGUAUUACACCAUUGCUAUACUGAUGGUCAAGCGGGCAUUCAUGACUUGUUACGCAGCCUUCUGGCCUACUACAUUGCAUUUUGGCAUAUGGACAUAGUGAAACAGGCGGAAUCACCUUGGGAUCAUUGUGUACAACUGGAGAACACACACCAACUAUUGGAUUUGCUGAGUCAGACCGGAGCCAUAGAGACUCAGCUAUACAACUGCCGUCACCUGUUGAACAGCAUGUCGAUUGGUGAUAUUGGCAGCCUACUUUAUUCGGCUAUCUGGGGAUACAUCCGACAGUGUCCAGUCGGCUCUGAAAUCCCUGGUCUCGGCAGCACAGCAAGACCAAGUGCGGACAUGCGACUCAAACAUACCGUGAUAGCUACGGACAAGGUUAAAGUGAUUGUUAAGCAUCGGCUAGCUCAUAUUAUUCAUCGGUCCAAGCCGAGCAUGGAAGACUUGGCAAGACAAUAUGAUUUUUUGUAAACAUUGAACGGGUGUAUUAAGCUAUGGGUUGUGACGUGGUGGAAAUCUAUAAGCGCGGAAACGGGAUUAUCAAGCAACGACGGGGGAUUUAGGCGGUAGUGUCAUGUGCCAAAUAAGGAAAGUGCUGUUCGUUUCAGCCCGCUUGGCAAAUCAUAUCCCCUGGUGUGGCUCAGUGUUGAAUGCGCAAAAACAUUCAACCCCUCCACGCGAGGGAAGUCUAUCUAAAGUGCCGAAGCUCAUACCAAAGUAAACCCGAAUACCGAUGAACACGGAAGCCGCCACCGCAGUCCGAUCCAGUCAGUCAACAUCUACAGCCGCA